UCUCCUAUACCUCCAUAUCUCUCUCCUAUACCUUUCUUUCACUCGUUAUGUCACAAUACUGUUUUGUUAAGUCUCUAUACGUCUCUGUGUGUUAUGUUAUGUCUCUGUACUGUGUUAUGUUAUGUCUGUACUGUGUUAUGUUAUGUCUCUAUACUGAAUGUUAUGUCUCUAUACUAUGUCAUGUUUGUCUCGCUGUGUGGUUAUUUCUCUGUACUGUGUUAUGUUUCUAUACUGAAUGUUAUGUCUCUAUACUGUGUUAUGUUAUGUUUCGAUGUUAUGUCUCUAUAAUGUGUUAUGUUAUGUUUCUAUGUGAUGUCUUUAUACUUUGUUGUUAUGUCUCUAUGCUGUGUUGUUAUAUCUCUAUACUGUAUGUUAUGUCUCUAUACUGUGUUAUGUUAUGUCUUUUUACUGUGUUAUCUUGUUUCGCUAGACUAUGUUUUGUUGUGUUGUGUCUCUAUGCUAUGUUUUGUUACAUCUUAUACUGUGUUAUGUUAUGUUUCUGAUGUGUUAUGUUAUGUAUUUAUACUGUGUUAUAUAUCUAUAGUGUGUUGUGUUAUGUCUCUAUACUGUUAUGUUAUGUCUCUACAGUUAUGUCUCUUUGUACUGUGUUAUAGUUUCUCUCUAUACUGUGUUGUGUCUGUAUACUCUGUGAUAUGUCCCCAUCUGCUGGCUAGUUCACUGCCCUCAUUAUAUCCGUAUAAUAAACAAAAACAGACGUUUAGUCAAAAGGAAUACGUCGGGGCAUAUGAUCAGAUUAUAACGUGUACAUUUCAGUAAUCUACGGGGGGUAUUGUGUCAUAAUCGUUUACAUAUAAUAGUGUAACAACUCCCUAGGGCGUCCCACGGGGUCUCACUUCGCUGCCUUGACGCCAGUGCGGUGAAAUCCUUCCGCGGAAGUAGUUAGGCCCUGCAAUGGUUCAUUUGGGGCAGCCCAUGAGGUUCGCUGGUCUGACGUUAAACAAAUUGUGUUGUUUUGGUGAAUCGGAGUUAAAUAUGUUAACAUGUAGUAGUGUUAGGUUAACAGGUUAACAUGUUGAACAGCGUGCUCACGAGCCGUGUCGCAGAGACGCGCGGCUGGCAGCGAGCUGUUGGUAGUGACGUCACAUUACUCGCGCUCUUCAAGACUCUUCAACCCUAUCCCAUAAUAGAAGAAGAUGCCUGGCAUGAUGGACAGGGGCUCCGAGUACCUGGGGAAGGGACGCUCCAACGGCGCAAAGAGUCCGUCGAACGCGUCCAACGGACACUUCUCUGAAGAGAGCGCUAGCGACGAAGAGCACGAUGUGGGAAUGCGCGUGGGGGCAGAUUAUCAAGCCUCUGUCCCGGACUUUGACCCUGGUGUGUCCCCGGCAGGCAACACCAGGGAUGGAGAGAAAGACGGUGGAGGGAUGUUGGUUUGGGCACCAUACCACUCCAUCGUUGAAUCCAAACUAGAUGAAUACAUCUCCAUCGCCAAGGAGAAGCAUGGCUAUAAUGUUGAACAAGCCCUUGGCAUGUUGUUCUGGCACCAACACAACGUGGAGAAGUCUCUGGCGGACCUGCCCAACUUCACCCCCUUCCCUGACGACUGGACGGUGGAAGACAAGGUCCUGUUUGAGCAGGCCUUCAGCUUCCACGGCAAGAGCUUCCACCGCAUCCAGCAGAUGCUUCCAGAUAAGUCCAUCUGCAGCCUGGUGAAGUACUACUACUCCUGGAAGAAGACCCGCUCUCGAACCAGCCUGAUGGACCGGCAGGCCCGCAAGCUGGCCUCCAGGAACGCCCCGGAAGACAGUGAUGAGGAGAUGGAGGAGGCCAAUCCAGUCGAAGCCAACGACAGCGACUACGACCCCAACAAGGACGCCAAGAAAGAGAGCCCUGCUGAGGCCCAGGCUGUGACCACUAAGCCCGGGCCGGCCCGUCGGGAGUACCAGACCCUGCAGCACCGCCACCACUCCCAGCGCUCCAAGUGCCGUCCCCCCAAAGGGAUGUACCUGAGCCAGGAGGACGUGCUGGCCGUCUCCUGCAGCUUCAGCGCGGCCAACGGCCUCCUCCGUCAGCUGGACACGGAGCUGGUGUCACUCAAAAGACAGGUUCAGAACGCCAAGCAGAUGAACAGUGGUCUGAAACAUGGGGUGGAAAUGGGCAUUGAUGAUUUUCGGCUUCCAGAGAGCAACCAGAAGAUGAAUGCUCGUUGGACUACUGAUGAACAGCUUCUUGCCGUCCAGGGGGUCAGGAAGUAUGGGAAGGACUUCCAGGCCAUCGCAGACGUCAUCGGCAACAAGACCGUCGGCCAGGUGAAGAACUUCUUCGUGAACUACAGACGGCGGUUUAACCUGGAGGAGGUCCUACAAGAGUGGGAGGCGGAGCAGGGAAGCCACGCCCCCAACGGAGAGGGCAGCCCCCCUGGGGAAGCCGGGAAAAACAGCUCCAACACGUCAGGGAAGAGCACUGACGAGGAUGACGAGGAGGGUCAGCUGACCUCCUCCUCUCUGUCUCCUGCGCUGUCUCUGAUCGCCCAGAGCUCCUCUCUCCACCUGCCCCCCCCUCUCCUGAGACCCUCCCUUCCCGCCACCCCCGCUUUGCAUCGCCAGCCCCCUCCCCUGCAGCAGCAAGCUCGCUUCCUCCAGCCCCGCCCCUCCCUCAGCCAGCCCCGCCCCCCCCUCAGCCAGCCCCGCCCCCCCCUCAGCCAGCCCCGCCCCUCCCUCAACCAGCCGCCGCCCCUCAUCCGGCCCUCCAGCGCCCUGCCCCCCCGCCUCAACCCCCGACCCGUCGCACCCCCCGCCGGCCUGCAGCUCACAAACAAAUCAGAACCCUCCUCUUCCCUCCACUAACCAAUCAGAAACCUCCUGCUCUGCUAACCGACACUUCCUUCCCCUCCCCCACCUUCCCUCACCUGCAUCCCAACUAGCCUCC